GACAUUGUACCUUGACUUCGUGGGCUGCGAAAAUCUGACGGACGUGGGUAUGAAGGCGCUAGCCGAGAGCCUGCCGGAGACCUUGGCAGAGCUGGAGCUACACUUUGUGGGAAGCUUUGAGCAACAAGCUGCAGUCUUUGCAGUCUUUGCGCGUGCUGCCUGGCUGAAAGUCACCUACGCCGGAACGCGCGUGAACCGGAACUUCGCGAGCCGAGCGGAGCUUCGGGCCUUCGCCGACCGAACCGACCGGGCCAACCACGCAACUGACUGGACUGGAUGGGCCGGCAAGCCUUACCUGACUGUCUUGCUUUGGCCUUUGGUCUCCUGGUACAUGAAGAAGUACUUCCAGCUUCGUCCACAUCUAUCGUGGUGGAACAUCCAUUGUUUCCUCGUUUGGCUGUUCUGUCUCCGUGACAUCGUCCUCAAUGACUAUGGGAGCGACUUCAACCCCUUGCGAAGAAUCGAUGUUGAUGUCAUCUUCCUCUUCUGCUCGAGCAUCUACUCCUGA